AUGGUUGGCGUCCUCACUUACAACAUCCACUCUGGAGUUGGCGGCGACGGAGUCUACGAUCUUGAGCGCAUUGCUGGAGUCGUGCGCAGAUCCGGAGCUGAUGUUGUGUGCUUGCAGGAGGUUGAAGCGAACAGCGAGGUUCUGCGUGUGCGGAAAUGGUCUGUCCCGCAUGCUGACAAUCAGCCGCAGCAAAUCGCAGCCAUGUGUGGAUUGCCACACUUCAUAUUCUCCGCCACCUUGACUGCAACCUUCUCGAAGGAUUCGUUGCGCGGUGGAGAAGUUCUACAACACUCUGGAGACGGGCGGUACGGACUAAGCAUCUUGAGCAGGUUCCCAAUCAUUCGGUCGCGCCAGCUGUCCUUCAACCGCGCGGAGGGAAGUCCUGGUGAAACCCUCUUCAUGGACCAGGAAGAGCAGCCGCGGGGCGCUCUUGCGGUGCUUCUGGACAUGGAGGAAGAGGAUGCCGAGCCGAUGUGGGUUGUGAACACGCAUCUCUCCCACAGGAUUGCGUCGCAGGAGCAGCGACGGCAAGCGGCUGAGGUCCUUCGCUGGAUGGACGAACUACGAUCCGAAGAUUUGCCAGAAAGUGACAGGGCAACGUUUCUGCUAGCAGCCGAUUUGAACUCACCUUCUUUCUGUCCAUAUUCUUCCUAUUCGGUCAUUGCUGCAGACUCCAGGUGGAAAGAUCUAUGGCAGGAGGGUGGCGGCCCGUGCUGCUGCUCUGCCACCUUCCCGGCAAAUUGGUGCGGUGGCCUCUUUGGAACCAGGAUUGAUCACAUCUUCGGAUUGUGUCUGGAAGAUGGGCCAAUUCCAAUGUGUGAAACUGCCCGGGUUGUGCGAGACACACCCGCAGAUGAACUUGCCUCCGACCACUGCGCCGUGUUUGUACAGAUGGAUUUUGUUGUUCACCUUUGGAACGUCAGCGCCUAUUCAGCUGCCAGACUUUUCGCAGAUGCCAGAGGCAGCGGUGAUGCGCUUUGCGAGGGGUUAGGACAACUGCUUGAGACGGGCUACUGCGCCUACUCGGUAAAGUCGUUGCGGCAAGCUGGUCAUGGAGAGGAGUUGUCGCUGGCUCCCGUGCAGGAAGUAGAGCGAUCGGCGCCAGACCGACCGCCACUUCCACGGUCACCGCCCCCGGCCAUCCACCGGCCGCCGCCCCCGAGCGGCGCGCAGCCGCCUUUUGUAUCCCCACGGAAUGCCUCGCCCAGAACGGCCUCUCCGAGGUUGCCAGGCAACUGGCAUCCACACAUGCCACAGCAAGGUUCCAACCUCGGUAUCGAGCGACAGCAAGGGAGUCGCAGCUUUUAUGGUCAGGUUCCGAUGCAACCGCCGCCGCAGAUGUACGUUUACAAUUCUGCAGCUGCGGCUUACAGCCAGGCUGCCCAACAGCAGGCGGUCGUGCAACAAGCCGCCCAGCAGGCGGUCGUCCAGCAGGUGGCUGCCCAACAGGUGGCAGCCCAGCAGGUGGCAGCCCAACAGGUGGCAGCCCAGCAGGCGCAGGCGGCACAAGUCUAUGCAGAGCGCCAGCAGACUUUUGACCACACAGGCUGUGAAGGAAGCUAUCCCGAUUCUCCGAUCGCCCAGGAUCUUGCAGAAGAGGAUGUUGAAGGAGCAGAGGCAAACAUUCAGCAGGCACCAGAUAGUGGUGGGCAAGGAGCCUCCGCUUUCGAUUCGUUUCGCCUUCUGGUCUGGAAAGCAGGUCGAGGUUGGUGGACAAUCUUGCAGGAAAGCUCCAUGUGCUUUCCCAGUGAGUCGAAGCGGCGCCGGAUUGAGAUUCGCCACGAGUUUUGGCUCCACGCCCCAAGCCGCGGGCGAUGUGGCCUGCGCGGCAUGGUGGCGCGCAAGGCGACAGUGCAAGUGGAUGCCAGCGAGGACGAGUCUGAGGAGGUACAGGAACAUCUGAAAGAUGCCGUGGAGGGCACGUUGCGGCUAAAGCGUUUGCUGAGCCAGGACUCUGAGGAUGGAUUCUCCAAGAAGAAGCGCGCCAUGGAAAACAGCAUCGACGUCGACCGUCGCCAUAGGAUUGACGAGCUGCUAGAGAAGUGGGAUAGGUUGGACGACAGGGUGAUGUUGCACGUGCUUGAAGGGCUGGAAACCCGGGAGCUCGAGUACUUGGCGAACUCGUCCUUCGUGCCCGAUGAGUCCAACUGGAGGAAUAUCCCAGCUGACCAAGUGGCCACGCAGGUCGCCAUGUGGCUGGAGGGCCAGACGUUGGGUGGCGGUCCGCUCGACAUGCUCCUCACUUUCCGAGACAAGUGGAAACUUGGUUUGGAUGCAGAUGGUCUCCUUCGAACACUGAGCCACAAGGAUUUGCGUUACGUGAUGGAUCAUUACGAUGGCACGCAGAACAUUGGGAAGCUGGUUGCGGAGGCGAAGAAGUCGCCUCCGCUGGAGGGGCGGACGGAAGGCUGCAUGCCAGAUGCGCCUGGGUUGGCCGCAAUCGGCCGCUUCCACCGGCUUGAGCUCAUUGACCCAACUGCAGAUGCUGCGGUGUUCGGGGAUGCCAACUUGAGCUUUGCGUUAAAUUUGGCGAGACACCGCAAGGUUCUUGGCCAUGUUGGCCGCGUCAUUGCGACCACCUUCGAGUCCCUGGAGACUCUUCGGGAGCGCUACGAGGAAAUAGAUGAAACCAUCAAGACGCUCGAGGAGCAUUACGCAGAGGUGCACCAUGAGAUCGAUUGCACACGCAUCGCCAUGAAUCCAAAGUUUAAGGGUCUGGAGGGAGCCAUCGGGGCAGUGUAUUACAACUUCCCACAUGCAGGAGCUGUGGGUGGCUUUUUCGACGGCCACCCAGUCGUCAAUUGGCGUCAUGAAAACUUGAUGAGAUUAUUCUUUCGGGCACUGCGAUCCUUCAUGAAAGUGGGUGGCUUGGUGAAGGUUGCUUCGAAUAUGGGAGCAGUGGGUGUCCGAUUUUCAUACAUUACCUUUGCAGCCAAAGAGAAUGAGUUUGAUCAUGUGGAAACAGUCCCUUUCCUCCAAUGGAAUCUUCAUCGAUAUGGCCGGGCAUAUGGCGACAGGCGUGACGCCGGUCGCCGCCCUGGCAAGUCAGAGAACUACAACGCUCAACGGGCGGACAGAGACAUGGUCUAUACCUUCAGAUACAAACCCAGUGGCAAGCAGAUUGGCCCGCAAGGCAUUCGACUGCCGCCGACGCUCAGCACACUGGAAGAAUGCCCCGACGGACCCUUCUCCUGGCAACCAGUCGAGACAAAGAAGCAGCUGGAGUGGGGCUCAGUCUUAAGAAAUUCCAGUCUCCCUCACCAUCUGCGAGGGAGCUUUAAGUGCAGAUAUCGGAUGUCGAAGCUCUCAGGGUGUCGAAGGCUCAAGGUGCCGACUCAGCAAAGCUGA